UGACAAACCCACAGUGAGCCAAAAAACAACACAAAAUUAUGUUAAAAACACUUUUUCAACAUUCAAGAUUAUUUAAACGAAUUACUCCGUUUACCACUUCCGCGAUGGCAAAAAGUAAAUUCGAAUACGUGAGAAACUUUGAAACCGAAGACAGUUUAUUGCCAAACUGUUGGAUAGUGGUGAGAAUAGACGGGAAGGCCUUCCAUAAGUUUUCCAAAAAGCACAAUUUUGAAAAACCUAAUGAUCCCAGGGCGUUAAAUUUGAUGAAUAAAGCCGCCUCGGUGGUGCUGGAGGACUAUAAAGACGUUUUAAUCGCUUAUGGACAAAGCGACGAGUACUCUUUUGUGCUUCGGAAAGACACAACUUUAUACAACAGACGAGGCACCAAAAUGAUGUCUUACAUCAAUAGUUUGUUCAGUUCCGCUUAUGUUUAUUAUUGGAAAGACUACUUUAAAGAGCAAAAACUUAAAUAUCCUCCCUCAUUUGACUCUAGAGUGGUUUUGUAUCCGUCUGACCAAAAUUUGAGAGACUAUUUAAGUUGGAGGCAAGCAGACUGCCAUAUUAAUAACUUGUAUAAUACCACUUUUUGGAAUUUAGUACUUAGGGGCGGCUUGAGUAAUAGUGAAGCCGAACAGAGACUUUGCGGCACACUUUCCGGUGAUAAAAAUGAAAUUUUGUUUAGUGAGUUUGGGAUUAACUAUAAUAAUGAACCUUUGAUGUAUAAAAAGGGGACAAUUUUGCUUAGGAAGAAAAUUAGACAUCCAAAAACUGGUAAAAAUAGACUUGUGGUGAUCCCUUUGCAUGAAGAUUUAAUUCAAGACGAUUUUUGGACUAGAAAUAAUGAAAUUUUAGAUAUAAAGUCUUGUGGCUUACAUGAGUUUGGUAACUGUGACAUUCCCCUUUUAGUGUUAAGCCAGUUUCAUAACUUAAGUUUAAACGAAAGACGUGAUAAUCUGGAGAAUGUAACUGAUGAUAAAAAAUGUGAAAUAGGAAAUUGAAUAAAUUUUUUUUUACA